CGUUCUCUCUCAGACAUGGAAGUGGGGCGUUGUAAUCAUUUCUGUUCUUUCUUAUUUAAAGCUCGACCUCAUCCAUCAUCAUCACCUCCAUUGCCAGUGUCUCCUCCAUGCUUGCUCCUGCUCUGCUUCACUUCCAUCCUCAUCUCCCCCCUAGUGGCCUACCUCUUCAUUAAUUCCACCACCACCACCUUCCUUCUUAUUAUAACUCCUCUUCUUGAUUCCUCACUUCUUCUGCAGAUUUCCCAAGUAGUCCUUCAUGGGCUUGGAGCUGGAGAUAACGGAAGCCUCGCCGGAGAAAGCGAAACGCUCGGGGGUCCCGGUGUGCCCGCCGGCGCCGAGGAAGCCGUGGAAGAGGAAGAGCAAAUUGGUGAUAGGCUUCAAGAAGUACCACCCGGUGCCGGAGGAUCUCGAAUCGCUCUUCCUUCCGCUUCCCCCGUGCAAAAGAAUUCGAAUGAUCGUACCAAACGCGAGAAACUGCUCGAGGGCAAACGGAGCUUCUUUGUCACUUGUGCUGCACUAUUUCUGAAGGAUUGUUUUGUAAGGAAACUGCAGGAAAUUUAUUUCAUGGAAGAAGAACUGGAAGAAUGCAACAUGAGCCUUGCUCUUGGAAUCAGCGGAUAUGGAUCGAAGAAAAGUACUAGUAAUCGCACUACCACUACGCUUCAGUUUGAUGCUCUGUUUCCGAAUCAUUCAAAAGAAGUGGAAAAUGUAGCGAACGGAGGAAAAGAAACCAGCAAUUGCAGCAGCGAGGAGUUUCUCGGCCCCAAAAAAAAGCUUAAGCUGACAAAAGAGCAAGUCUUCCUGCUGGAGCAAAGCUACAGCGAACGCGACACGGUUAAUACGUCACAAAAGCAGGACUUGGCCGAUCGGCUAAGAAUUCAACCACGGCAAGUGGAGGUGUGGUUCCAGAACAGGAGAGCCAGGACGAAGACGAGGCAGAUGGAGUUUGACUACCAGUGCUUGAAAAGGUACUGCGAGAGGCUGUGCGAGGAGAACCGGCGGCUGAAGAAGGAGAUGAUGCAUCUGCUGAAGGUGGCGACAGUCACCGCCUCCAUGUGUCCUUCGUGCGAGAGGAGGGACGGCCUCGCUGCCGCCGCAGGAAAGAGCGCGGGUAAGUUGGCGCCGGAAAGAGCGCGGGGCAGUUGGCGCCGGUGAACGCCUUGCUUCUCAGCCGGCGAGGUUAACCGGUUACUAUAUGAAUAAGAGGGAGUGAGUUUUGUAUCGCUAAAUCGAAGGAAAGAUGGAACUUGUUUUUUAUUUUUCCUUUUGUUUUCCAUAAAAAACAUUGUCUUUAAUUGAAUAUAUGUGUGUUUAAAAUCA